CGCUCUGUGAGGCUCGAUUUCACUGACGCAUUCCGUUUGGAACAAUAAAUAGAGCGAACAAGGCUUCUUCACCUCCACAUCUCUGGGAAGACGCAUGAAGAAGUUCUUGCUUCAACAGUGAUUGAACGGGACUCUUCUGCCGGAUUGAAAACGUAACACUUGCUUGAAUUCUAAUAGCAACAUAGUCUAAGAAACUCUAUUUUUGUACUGUUCAUUUUGAUAUAAAAUAAGAAAAUCUGCCAAAAUGGAGUCUCAGGUCCGUCAGAACUAUCACCGCGACAGCGAAGCUGCCAUCAACCGGAUGAUCAACAUGGAGAUGUUUGCCUCUUACACCUACACUUCAAUGGCUUUCUAUUUCUCCCGUGACGAUGUGGCUCUGCCUGGCUUCGCUCAUUUCUUCAAGGAGAACAGCGACGAGGAGCGCGAGCACGCCGACAAGCUGCUCUCCUUCCAGAACAAGAGAGGUGGACGCAUUGUCCUUCAGGACAUCAAGAAGCCAGAUCGUGAUGAGUGGGGCAAUGGCCUGGAGGCCAUGCAGUGUGCUCUGCAGCUGGAGAAGAAUGUAAACCAGGCCCUGCUGGACCUGCACAAGAUUGCCUCCAACAAGGUCGACCCUCAUCUGUGUGACUUCCUGGAGUCCCACUACCUGAAUGAACAGGUGGAGGCCAUUAAGAAGCUGGGCGACCACGUCACCAACCUCACUAAGAUGGAUGCUGUCAAAAACAAGAUGGCCGAGUACCUGUUUGACAAGCACACCCUGGGAGGCCAGAGCUAAACCACAUACAAGGACUCCUGGAUUUUCUGCUCUAUUCUGCUGCCUUUGCAUCUAUAAGGAGGAGAAGGUGUUGAGCUGGGACAGAGCAAUGCAGCUGUUACAUUUGACUACACUCUACUAGGUUUGGGAGGCAAGGCAUGUGAAACGAAUGAGUAAAUAGGUCACAAAACUAUUGCUGUGGAGUAAUGGAUGUUGUAUCAGUUUAUUCUGGUGCUUUGUUUAAUACCCAACACAAGUGUACUUUUCACUAAGUAUAACUGGUCAUUUCAAUCUGCCCUGAAUCUGAAGAAUAAAACAUUUUGAGCUGGA